UCCGGUGUGGAUUUGUCGAACCGUCAAAAUAAAGGCGUAAACUCGGACAUCAGCGGAUUAAAAGGUCGACACUAAUCUAUUUCGUCGUAAAUCUUGAUUCUAGUGUUCAGUGUCAAGGUUCACUCGAACGACAGACAGGUAUUAUAUUACGCACUCGUUGCAGUGAGGCUAACGGCUGCAUUUAAUCGUCCGCAGCUUUGUCGCCGAUCUGUGGGGAAUGGAGAAAGUCAGACAGGAUGCAUUUGACCAUGCAAGACUUGAGGUGAUCAAGGAUGGCUACGAGAGAGGCUUUGAAUGCAUCAAUAAAGGUCUGACAGCCGAUGAAGCGGGAGACACAAGCCAGGCUCUGGAGUUGUACAAGAGGGGUCGACAGCACCUUCUGCGGGCCAUCAGCGUGCCUUCACGGGGGGACGAGUGCGUUGGGAGCUCCUGGGAGUCGGCACGACAGAUGCAGGAGAAGAUGCAAGAGACCCUCAACAACAUCACCACCCGUCUCGCUAUACUGGAGGCCUCCGGGCAGCCUUCACAAAACCUCUACCCAAAACUACCAGCCAAAGAGAAGCCAGAGAGGCCCUGUCCACCAAUCUCAGCGGAUACACCUGGUGCAUGCAGCCCUGGGGUGCUUUCACCAAGUCGGCUGCCCGUGGCUCAAGGGGACCAUCCGCCGGCAUACUCCCCUCAAGCAGCCGACGGCCACCUCUCCAUCUCGUACGGGACUGAAUCGGGGGAGCUGUCUCUGGUGGGCGACGACUUCUACAGCCGAACGUCCAACUCCACGCCGUCCCCGCAGAGCGUGGGCGAGGACGCAGAGGAGCUGCUGUACAUUCCGCAGGGCGUGCAGAUAUUCUUUGUGACCCCAGAGGGGCAAGUGAGUGCCCCUUCGUAUCCAGGCUACCUGCGACUGGUCAAGUUUGCCAGCGAUCACUCUGAGAGGAUGCCUGACAGACCACCAGCUUUCCUGCAGGUGUGUGACUGGCUUUACCCGCUCGUGUCGGCGAACUCGCCGGCCUUGCUUUGCAACACCGGCGUGUUCAUGUUCCCCGACAUGAUGGCACCAGCGCCAGGCCAUUUUGUGGGAGUGGUUCUGUCCUCUGAGCUGCCUGCUGCCGACAGAGAGCUGUUCCAGGAUCUGCUGUCUCAGAUGACAGAUCUCAGGGUUCAGGCAGCUGACGAAGCCGCCGAGCAUGUUAAUCUCAGCCACAAAGUGUCCAUCACUACGCCGGACGAGGUAGCGGCAGCGGUGGAGGAGGAAGACGACCAGGCUCUGCCCGUGUGGAGUGAGAAGGUGGCCAGCGGGAUCCUGACAGGUGCGUCCUGGUUGAGCUGGGGUCUGGUCAAAGGAGCCGAGUUCACAGGCAAGGCCAUCCACAAGGGCGCGUCUAAGCUCCGAGAGCACAUCACGCCUGAGGACAAGCCAGCUCAUGUCAGUCCCGCCGUCACCAAAGGCCUCCAUGUUGCCAAGCAAGCCACGGGAGGAGCUGUGAAAGUCAGCCAGUUUCUAGUGGACGGAGUGUGCACCGUCGCUGGCUGUGUGGGCCGGGAGUUGGCGCCCCACGUGAAAAAGCAUGGAGGAAAGCUCAUUCCAGAGUCCAUGCGGAAAGACAAGGAUGGGCGUUCUAACAUAGAUGGAGCCAUGGUGGUGGCCGCCAGUGGAGUGCAAGGAUUUGCCACCAUGUGGACCGGUUUGGAGGUGGCGGCCAAAAACAUCACGACGAGCGUGGCCUCAGAAACGGUCACCACAGUGAAGCACAAAUUUAGGGGUCUUCAAAACAUCUUUGACCCACCUAAUGGCAACAAGUGAUUAAAACAAAGCUAUUUAACUCUAUUGCACUAACAAAAACAAGCAUGGCAUGAGGCUCUUUUUUUCCCAAUAUGUGCAUUCGCUGUCUUUCCCUUACUUAUACUUCCUGUCCUUAAUCUUAGAAAUAAUCUCAGAAAUUGAUAUUUAUGAUGAAUUAAUGAGUAAAUUAAUUAAUCACUCCGUUGUUAAAAACAUCUGCAUCCACACCAAAAAAACCUCUGCCCACAUAAAACCACAUUCACCGGCUUUCAUGCACAUUUUGGCCAAUCAGAAGCCGGAAAAAGCAACCGCAUUCUGACGCCGUGCAUGUUAUUAAAGCCUCGCGCUAGCGAUGUCCUGAUCCAAAUUUUUUGGCUUGCGAUACGAUUUUUUUGUAUAGUCUUGCCGAUCUGAUCUCGAUCUUUUUUUUGUUUGUUUGUUUAAUAAUAAGCUUUUGUUACAAACAUGAAUUUGUGCAAUUGAAUAUGGUUAUGAAAAUAGCUCUUCAAAGCAUUAUGACCAACAAUAUUGUAUUAUGUUUGGCUUUUGUAACAAACCUCUUUGAGUCAGGUCCCAUCCAUCCAUUUUCUAUGCCGCUUAUCCUCAAUAGGGUCGCGGGGGUAUGCUGGAGCCUAUCCCAGCUGACUUUGGGCGAGAGGCGGGGUACACCCUGGACUGGUGGCCAGCCAAUGGCAGGGCACAUAUAGACAAACAACCAUUCACACUCACAUUCAUACCUAUGGACAGUUUAGAGACUCCAAUGAAGCUAACAUGCAUAUUUUGGAAUGUGGGAGGAAACCGGAGUACCCGCAGAACAUGCAAACUUCACACAGAGAUGCCAAAGCGGAGAUCCGAACCGAGGUCUUCCCGAUCUCCGGACUGUGUGGCUAACAUGCUAACCACUAGGCCACCGUGCGGCCGUGAGUAAAGUCCCUAAUCCAAUAAAAGAUCCAAUAAAAAAAAAGUCCAUCCAAGAUAGGAUGAAAUUGGAAAAAAUUGUUGUGCAAAGUACUUUUAGGAUAGGACGAAUAAUUUGACAUGUUUAUAGAUCAAUUUGUGGUUUGAUUUAGACUAAAUGACAUUUUUUAACAAACUCUCUUCAGUGCAGUAGUAAUUUACUGACGGUCCCUAGUAUAAACAACCAGCGGUUAGGGCAGCCCUUCCUGUGCGAGCUCCCCGCACCAUGCCACAGCACUCCGGGCACAGUGAGGGGAAACUACCGCUGUAGCUCUGGAGUCAAAUAUCCAACGUCUACCUUGUAAUGUGAAACUAACUUCACCACCGUACACCGUGGACGUGUCUGCAUGGUGGAGUUGCGUAUUCUUCUUCUUGCGGGUGGCAACCGGCUUUGAGGCGCAUUACCGCACCUACCGUGUUGGAGUGUGGCCCAGAGUUACCAACGUUAUACGGCAACCGGAUCGGCCCGAUCUCCAAAAUACUGCGGACCGAUCGGGACGUCCCAUCCUCGCACAUCAGUCUAUCAAAGCAUGAAAUGAAAUCGGCACCCGUAAGUCGAUAACUUAGAUUAUUCUUUAAUAAAGUUCCAAUAUUUGUGUUGUGUUGUUAAGGUUUAAAAACAUGAGAGAAGGUUGCACGCUUCUUAUGACAAAAGCCAAAAAGCUCUGUCUUAUCCGUCCAUACACAAACGUCAGUUUUCCACAACAUGGCUUUUAAAGGACAAAGCAUGAGUGGACAAACAUUUUUAAAAAUACUUUGUGUUCAUGUGGACAAAGCCUCAAAGACAUUUGGACAAAGUCCCUUGAAGUGCUCACAGCGACAGGUAUGCCUAUUUAUAUGGCGUCAGCCCAGUCAGAAAUGCAAGAUGUGCAUACAGACAGGCGUGGGAUUUUACCAGCUGACCUCAUUGCUAAUCAAUGAUACUAACGCUGAGAGUUGUGCGUGUCAGUUUUCCACUUGUAAUGGAAGCUUUCUUCAUGAUGUCACCAUGUUGUGGUUUUAAUUAGCCACAUUGCUUGAUUGCUUCCUUUCACUCUAUGGUUGUUUUUUUAUAAAAUAUAUAAUUUUUGGCCUCUUUGAGUCUUCAUAUUAAUUCCGUCAAAAUCCCCCGUUUUUCUGUCCCACCUAACCUCGCUCCCCCAAUCUAACCU